AUGAAGUUGAGAAGGACAUUAAAGUUCCACAGUUUGAGACGGGGGAAAGUCCGCCAGACAUGGAACAAGUACAACCUCUACAACCUGUCCAGGGUUGAGCGAAAAAUACCCAACUACAUCUCCAGGACCUUCUUCCAGCAGAAAUGGAACGCCAAGGCACUGACCCGCGCCUACCACGGCGAGCACAUCAAGGAGCGCAAGUGGGAGCGCAUGUUCAACCGCCGCAUGCUAUCCGUCGUCAACAUGGACCCUCUCUACAUGGCCCACAACGAUGGCUCCGAGCAGGCCGCGGGCAGAGGCUCCGGCAAGGACAAGCCCAGCUUUGAGGAUGUUACGCCCUGGCAUGAGCGCGGCCAGAUUGUCAGUAACAGGGCUAAGCCCGGCUUCCAAUCGCAGCCCGACCUGGAUCUGGUCCAUCCCGUGGAGGGUAAGGAUCUCUCGCGGAAAGAGACAAACCUGCAACAGUUCAGCGGCCAGACACCAUACAUGAACAUGGCCUACGCCCCGCUGGAGAGGAGGAUCGAUAUGGCCAUCUUCAGGGCUUUGUUUGCCAGCAGUACACGACAAGCGAGGCAGUUCGUUAUUCACGGUGCGGUCAAAAUCAACGGCCAAGUUAUGACGCACCCAAGCUACCUCCUCAACCCCGGUGACAUGUUCCAAGUCAAUCCCGAGUUCGUUCUUCUGGCGACUGGCAAGAAGAAGCCACCGCCACCGCCCAAGGCCCCCAAGAAGAGCCGCAAAGCUGCCGCAUCGACAGAAGAGGCGGCGGCCGAAGAGGAGGGUGAAGGUGAGGGUGAGGAGGCUGCCGCGGAGGGCGAAGAUGAGGCCGGUGAAGGUGAAGCCGACCAAGUCGCACCCGGGAAUAAAUUACCAAAUCUCGAUGCAUUUGAGGCAAGGCUCGCAAAAGAGGAGGCAAAACGAGAGGGCGCAGAUUCUGCCGAGAUCCAGCCCAACGCACCAGGCAGUAUCCCCCGUGUGCUGAGAUUCCUGUCGAAGCAAGCCAAGGACAUCCUAGAGCAACAAAAGGGCGAAUUGAAGGUCAAGAAGAAGCGCAAGUUCCGCAACUUCAUCAAAAUGUCCCGCGCGGCGCUCGCAAAAGCCGGCCGCGCGGGCGGCGAGGCGGAGGUCGCAUCCGACCAGACGGUUAUUGACGAAGUCAACGCCAUGCUCCGCGACCUGGCCAUCGCCGACCCCACAGUGGCCAAGAAAGCGGAGGAGUCGGGCGCGUUUACCGCCGACGAGGUCGCCAAGGCUACGGAAGAGACUCAGCAAGAGGGGCCGGAGCAGCAGGAGGGGAAGAAGAGGCCCGCGGCGAAGAAGGGCGCAGACUACGUCAUGUCGGGCGAGGAGGUCUCGCGGAUGAACAAGCUGCUCAAGGAGUGGGAGGACAACCCGGAAGACCUCUCCAAGCCGUACCUCACGCCCUGGGAGCCGCGGCGCUUCAUGGGCGCCUUCGCCUUCAUCCCACGGUACCUUGAGGUCAACCAGAACAUCUGCGCGGCCGUGUACUUGCGACAUCCCGUGGCACGACAGAAGUACGCCGAGGUGCCGACGCCGUUCCCACCGCACGUCAUGCAGCUGGCAUUCAACUGGUAUCUGCGCCGGAGAUGA